AUGGAUUUUGAUACUUCUUUUUUCCAGUACCAAAACCUUAACUCUUCUUCCCUUGCAAAUUCCCCUGUUUCUUCAGAAUCUUUCUCCUGGGAAGACUUCUUUAUCUUCAAUGAAGACAACACCACCCUUCCCUUCAACUUCACUGACCACUCACAAACAAAGGAAUUAUCAUCUUCAGAUUCAAACUCCUCUUCAGGCUCUCUGGGCAGAACCAAAUCACAAGAAGUCUCCUCCAAUUGUUCAACUUAUGCACAAGUGAAAGAAACACAUGCAUCAUCAGCAUCAGCAUCACCACCACUACUCAAGGAAAAUAACAGAGAGAAGAGGCCCUUCAGAGGAGUGAGGAGAAGGCCAUGGGGAAAAUUCGCAGCAGAGAUAAGGGACUCAACAAGAAAAGGGGUUCGAGUGUGGAUUGGGACGUUCGACACAGCAGAGGCAGCUGCAUUAGCUUAUGAUCAAGCAGCUUUAUCAACAAGAGGUUCUAUGGCAGUGCUGAAUUUCCCAGAGGAAGUGGUGAGGGAAUCACUUGAAGAAAUGGCUAACAAUAAAUUGUGGGAAGCUGGUUCCUCUCCUGUGCUAGCACUCAAGAGGAAACACACCAUGAGAAGAAAGUCCAAGGCUAGUAACAAAAAGACCAAAAGGGAUAGCAGAGAAUUAGAUAUCCUUUCCGAAAAUGUGCUUGUGUUGGAGGAUUUGGGUUCUGAAUAUCUUGAACAACUUCUCAGCUUGACUUCUUCUGAACUCAUGAGUUAG